UGUUGGUGUGAGAGAGAACUUUUCGUUUCGUGUGUGUGCGUGACACUGGUUGCAUGGUGGGGGGGACACACUUUGGAUUUCCUCUGCCCGUCUGAGUGCUCCUGUCCUGUCAGUCUGUCUAUCUGUCUGUCUUCCUUUUAACAGUUUGUUUGCCUUUCUGCCUGCCUGUAUUUGUCUGUCUGUCUGACCGACUGGUUGACCGGCACAGAGCGAGGAGGACGAAGUAUGACAGCCUCCACCAGCUCCUCCAGCGGCUUAGAGGUCCUCCUUUCCACUCUGCAGAAUGCAGGAGAUGUGGAGAGCACCUUAAAUAUCCUCAGCGUCCUAGAUGAACUUCUGUCUGCUGGUACAGACCGUCGAAUCCACUAUAUGAUCAGCAAAGGUGGCAGCGAAGCCUUGCUGACUACACUGGUCAACACCGGCCGCAGUUUUAGUCCCAACUACACCGUCCUGCUGCCACUGCUGCACCUGCUGGCUAAAGUUGGACACAGAGACCGGCGUAUAGGUAUGAAGGCAGAGAAAGCUGGAGCUGUGCUUCUUACUCUGAAUCUGCUCAAACACAACAUCGAAAACGCCACAAGGGCUGCAGCUUGCCUCUGGGUCAUCCAAGUCUUCUCUUCAUCAGUUUCUACAGCAAACCUAAUAGGAGAAAACCAUGGACUAGAUGUCAUCUACAGCCUCAUCCCUCAGUAUAGCACCAAACAUCUGCCCACCAUCAAGGCAGCCAUUAAUGCCUUUGCUGCUCUGCUGUGCACAAAGGCUAACGUUUGCUCGGUGGUAUCUAAGGGUUACAUCUCUGGCCUCUUGCAGCUUUACGAGGAUUGGCACAGCAAGGAUACUCAACAUGUUGCCAUAGCAAUCUGCCAUGCCCUGCUGCACUGCCUCCAUAAGGUCACCCACAGUACUGCAGGCAGACAGGCUUUCAUAUCCCACGGAGGCACUAGACUGCUGUAUGAAACUACACAGAAAUGUUUAUUAAGUAAAGGUCUGGAGUCUCUGGUGGAGCCCUCUGUGCAGCUGAUGAGGAAGUGUCUUCCCGGAACUCCACUACCACUGACAUCAGAUCAGUCUGCAUACAAGUUCCCCCUGCCUGGAAGACCACAUGUCCCUGAUAUGGAUGUGGCACCAGAUGACAGCAGUGAGGAAAGUGAUGAGGAGGAGGAUGAAGAUAACCAAGAGGCAGACAGCAAAGACUAUGAUGACGACUUGGAGACUGACCUGAACAAACUUCGUAACCGUCCUGACCCAGACAGACCCAAAGAGCUGCUGCCACAGUACAGUCACCUCUGUCCUGAACUCUCACAUGACUUCCAGGAGCUGGAUUUGAGUUCAGAGCCAGAGGAGAGUUCAACAGCAUCAUCGUCUUCAUCAGAUGAGGAAGCGGUGCUGCUCAACUGUUUCCCUCUUCGCUCAUCCAGGAGGGACAGCAGUACUACCAGCAGUGAUUCGUCCACCUCCUCUUCAGGGUCUCACUCAGAGACAGAAACAGAGGGACACACAUCAGCUGCUGUGCAAUUAGAGGCCCGUGAUUUCCACAGUCACAGCAGCAUCCUCUGCACCAGCCCCAGCCUUAGGACCAUGGUUAGAGAGGCAAGGGAAGAAGCCCCCCCAGCUCAGAGAGGGGAUGAGCUUGAUGAUGAAGAGAGGGGAGCAGAAGAAUCCCACCAUCGUACGAUGAUCGACAAGUUAUUGGAGAGACACAGAGAUUGUAUACCCCACCAUGAACCCAAGCUAUACCGGGCUGCAGCCGCCAAAACCAAAUCUAUUCCAGGGUUCAGCAUCCUGGCUUUCCCUGAUUUCUGGGGUCACCUCCCACCACCAGGACAUACACACAUGGCCCCACGCAAACCCAACAUACAAAGGCAGAAAGUGUUUGAAGAUAUCCAGCGUUUCCUGAAAACUGAUGACAUCAUCAACCAGGUAGUUUUUGACCUGGAAGAUGGCAGUCUUCAGUGUCCUUCUGAUUGCUUGAAGUUUUUCUCUAAGUUUGAAUGUGGGAACCUAAGGAAGGCUAUUCAGGUCCGCAGAUAUGAAUAUGACCUCAUAUUAAAUGCGGAUGCUAACUGUUCCCAGCACACCCAGUGGUUUUACAUUGAAGUCAGUAACAUGGUGGCAGACGUCCCCUACCGUUUUAAUGUCAUCAACUGUGAGAAGAGCAACAGCCAGUUCAACUAUGGAAUGCAGCCUGUGCUGUACUCAGUAAGAGAAGCUCUGGAAGGUAGACCUCACUGGGUUAGGAGCGGAACUGAAAUUUGUUAUUUCAGAAAUCACUUUUGUCCAGCUCGGGGUAGAAGGAGAACAACCUUUUAUACUCUGACCUUUACCAUCUCCUUCAAACACAAUGAAGACGUCUGCUACCUGGCCUACCAUUAUCCCUACACAUACUCUGCCCUAAAGGCUCAUCUGAAGGUGCUGCAGAAAUCAGUGGAUCCUGCCAUGUUUUUUUUCCGGGAGCAGAUUCUUUGUACCACUUUGGCUGAAAACUCUUGUCCGGUGGUCACCAUCACUGCCUGUCCUGCCAGCAGGUCCUGGAAGGACAUGCAUCAGCUACGUAAUCGUCCCUAUAUCGUGCUAACAGGCCGUGUCCAUCCUGGUGAGUCCAAUGCCAGCUGGGUGAUGAAGGGCACCCUGGAGUUUCUGUGCAGCAGUGACCCGGUCGCCCAGAGUCUGAGGGAAGCCUUUGUCUUCAAGAUCAUCCCCAUGCUCAACCCAGACGGAGUCAUCAAUGGCACGAAUCGCUGUGAUCUGAGUGGAGAGGAUCUGAAUCGCCAGUGGUCUAAACCAGACCCCGUCCUCAGUCCAACCAUCUACCACACCAAGGGCCUCCUAUACUACCUCAACAGUAUAGGACGAACUCCGCUGGUUUUCUGUGACUACCACGGCCACUCUAGAAAGAAGAAUGUGUUCCUGUAUGGCUGCAGUGUUAAGGAGACUCUUUGGCAGUCUGGCUCUGCUGUUGACACAGUCGGAUUGAAAGAGGACCCUGGGUAUAGGACCAUUCCAAAGACCUUGGAUCGUAUUGCACCCGCCUUUUCUUUCAACAGCUGCAACUAUUUGGUGGAGAAGUCUCGUUCUGCCACAGCAAGGGUGGUUGUCUGGAGGGAAAUGGGCGUGCUGAGAAGUUAUACAAUGGAGAGUACCUACAAUGGUUGUGACCAGGGAAUAUACAAGGGCCUGCAGACAGGAACCAAGGAGCUACAGGAGAUGGGCAUGAAGUUCUGCCAAAGCUUGCUGUCUGUAACCAAAGACAUGAAGGCUCUUUACAUCUGGAGACUUAUCAACCACAUCGACCUGGACCACAAUAUCCUGGACCACAAGUCUCACAAGUAAGACACCAUCCUCACAAGGCCUGCCAUGUCCAUUUUUGUCU